UAUCAAUCAUAGUUCGCACCGAUUUGAUUGGUUUACAUAAGCAGGUUUUUGACGAGUCUUCUCGAAAACAGCCUGAAGAGCUCUAUUUUGCCACUCAACUCGGGGUUUUAAGAAAGGACGACGGGAUGAUCGAGGUGGUGUGCAACGAUCGUCUGGGCAAGAAAGUCCGCGUAAAGUGCAACUCCGAGGACACCAUCGGAGACCUAAAGAAGCUCAUCGCAGCGCAGACGGGGACGCGGUAUGACAAAAUAGUCUUGAAGAAAUGGUACACCAUAUUCAAGGACCAUGUGUCACUGGGAGAUUAUGAGAUCCACGACGGCAUGAACCUGGAAUUGUACUACCAGUGAAAGCAAGGCUCAAUCUGUCAGGAAAUGACAUGAUUACGGGGACAAAAUAAAUAAGAAUAAUGCGAGCGACUUGAUGUUAUGAUUUUUGUUGUUGUUGAUCAUUUGGAAAUAAAGCGGUUAAUUACCCACCCA